ACGGUAGUGUACAGUUGUCUUCGUGACGAUGGCAUUAAGACUGUUUGUCUUAUUUAUUCUUCUUAUGAACAACACAGGGCUCUGUGCUGAGAUCUCUGUGUUUGUGAAGACGGGAGCUCUUGUUCAGCUGGAUGUACAGACACAAGAACCAGAGUUUUUAAUUUUAUUCUGGAGUAAUGAAAAAUUAGAGAAUAUAAUUACAUAUGUAAAAGAAACUAAAAGUGUAAGACCUAAUGAUAUCUACAAGGACAGAGUGGAUUUCAAUAAAACAAGCUUUUCUCUGACACUGAAGAACAUGCAGAAGAAGGACAGUGGACUCUACAAAGCAAGAACCAGUGGACAAUCAGAAAUAAGUCUUGUUAUAUACAGAGUGACUGUUAUAGAUGAAGUUGAAGAUCCGGUCCUGACCGUAAACUCAAGCUGGUCCAGUCCUCAGCCCUGUAGCUUUACAUGUAACGGAAGUAACAGUUUUUUCAGCUCCGUCUUUAAUGGUAGCAGCUGUUCCCCAGAGGAAGUGACAUCAGCUGAUAAUCACACCCUAAAACUGAGCUGCAGCGAGGACUCCAUCACGUGUAACUAUAGCAACCCCGUGAGCUCCAAGACUGUAGUAAAGAAGGUUAAUGAACUCUGCGCUCCUAAGCAAUUCUGUAUCCGCUCUGAGCUAUAAAUAGACUCACAGAUGAAGAAAUAUAAAAACAAUGACUUCAUCUUAAAUAUUGUAUGAUAUGCCAGGUUUCAUUUUAAAUGGAAAACACUGGACUGAAUUUUCUGUCCAAAAUGAGGAACUAACUGGGGUUUAAAUAAGCAGCUGAAUUGAGACAUGAUCAAACUCCAAUGUUGUAUCUGUGUCUGCAACUCUUCAAUAAAAUUGUUGAUUAUUGCUAAG